AUGAAUCAACUGUUUUCAUCGCAACAGUGCUCUCCAUGUUCCAAAUAUGACACUCAUUACACCAACGAAGACAAUGUGGUCUUCGGGUGUACGAUAUGUGGGACGGAAGGGAAAGCCAGUCCUUUGGUGACACUGACUGAAGACAACUGGACGGACAUGUUGUCCGGCGAAUGGAUGGUUGAGUUCUUCGCCCCGUGGUGUCCGGCCUGUCGGUCCCUCCAGAAGGACUGGAACUCCUUCGCCACUUGGAGUCAAGACCUCAGCAUAAGAGUGGGUGCGGUGGACGUGACGGCCAAUCCCGGACUCAGCGGUCGAUUCCUUGUGACACAACUGCCAACCAUUUAUCACGUCAAAGAUGGUGUCUUCAGACAAUACAAGGGAUCGCGAGAUAGCAAUGCAUUCGUGAGUUAUGUGGAGGAGAAGUCGUGGCAAUCGACAGAACCGGUGUCUCUCUGGACGUCUCCAGACUCUGUUUUAAUGUCAGUCGUGUCCUAUUUCUUCAAGAUAUCAAUGGCUUUGAGAGCUGUUCACAACCGACUCGUUGAUGAUUAUGGUAUACCCUAUUGGGGAAGUUAUGUUUUGUUUGCUUUCGUCACUAUCUUGUUUGGAGCCCUCUUGGGAUUGUUAAUUGUUUGCGUCAUUGAUCUGAUAUUUCCGGCAAAAAUGAGUGAAGAAAGCAAAGAGAAGUCCACUGAGAAUAAGGGCAAAGAGGAGGACACGACUGACUUAAUCGAUGACCGAAUACAAGACGAGGAGGACAGCAGUGAUGAGGCAAAUGCCACUCAACUCAGGAGACGACACAAAAAGUCUGAAGACUCGGACGAUAAAGAGAACGAUUGAUUCAUUAGAUUAGUUACCAGUUCUUAAUGAGACUUAUAUUUCAAUUGAAAUUAAGGCCCAGUUUUCCAAUUUUGAUGACUUUUUUAAUUUAUGGCAAUUUUUGCUCAUUUGUUUUAUAAACUAAUUCUAAACGAAUUGUCGUUUUUUCUAUUUAUAGAUCAAAUUAAACCAUUAAUUGAUAUAUUUAUGAUUAAACGCUUGAAAAAUUUUUAAACA